UUCAUUUUUACGCAAACCUCACGAAAGUGAAGACACCAUCAUCACAUCACACUUACUUUACUUAAACGACGACGAAAGAGACGAAAGCGAUUGGAUCAUUCAUCCAAAGUAACAGGACCAACACCAUCACCCGAAGCAUCACGACUAGUUCUAUAUACGAUACUCGACCAACAUGUCUGACCAUAGGAUUCAUAUGCGCCAUGCGCAUCACCAUCUGGAGCGCAAGGGCUGGGACGACGUCAAGUCAUUUUGGAACAAUGUAUUCUCACCCGAUCAAAAAACGGAGGCUGUCACCACUAGAAUCGCGCAAACAGUGACCGACGAGAGCUUCUGGGCGACAGCUACAGCCGAGGAAACCAUUGCGACCAAGGGGCCUCCUGUUACCGCUAGUGCUGCCCAUGCGACCACGACUGCGCACACCACUACACACCACAGCAACGCCCCGGCAUCCACCACAUUAAGAGCUCUCACCACCAAGGCGUCAGCACCAGCAGUGUCAUCAUCGCCUGCAGAAUUAGUGACGGAUGAGAUCAGGUCAACAGGAACCUUCGAGCUUGAGUCUACCUUGGCGCUUGCGGAGCCGACAUCCAAGACCUUGGAAGCAGCCACAUCCGCAACUGCUGCUCCAACCGCCACCGCAGCAAGCAGCACUCAAAAAGGAACCAGCAGCGCUGCCACAGCCGGUAUUGCCAUUGGUGUGUUGGCUGGUUUGCUGGCUGUCUUCCUGUUGGUGUGGUUCCUCUUCAACAAGCGAAAGCGCCAGAUGGAAGCAGAGAAGCAACGCCUGGCAGAUGAUGAGAAGAUCAACGGUCCCUUUUCCGACAAGAACGAAAUCAAAACUCCCCCAACUCCCCCCGCUGCCCCUCAGUUGAGCUUGCGACCCGAAUCUCAGUUCAUGCCCGGCGGCGUUCCAGAAAGGAGAGCUAGCCGCGCCAACAUGUCGAACCUCAGCUCGAACGCACCAGCGUCACCCCUCAACCGUCCCGCAGGAGCUAGCGCUUGGGAGCGUCCUACUGUCAGCUCGACUCAAACCGCUGGAGAACGGCCCGGUACCAGUGCGAGCUCCAACCCAUUCGGUGAUAACCAGCAAAUUCCCGAAGAGUCUUCACCAGUCAGCCCGGCUGGCGACUCGCUUGUCUCCCCUGGUGCGCCUGAAGCCGAUGCCGCUGCGGCUGGAGCUGUCGCGAGUGCUGCUGCGGGUGCCGCUGCUGGCGGUCUAGCUCGGAAAACUUCUAUCCGGAAAGAUGGACCCAAACCUCUUGAUCUGACCAAACCUCCACCUCUGCCCUUGAACGCCCACCCGCCCAGCCCUGCUGGAACAGAGUAUAGCAUGAACACUGUCGCUCCUGGCCUAUCACCUGGUCCUUCGGCUAGCGCUGCCGCUAUUGCUGCUGCUGGAGGACCCGCACAGUCAACUGUCCAUCGUGUGCAGCUCGACUUCAAGCCGACCUUGGAGGACGAAUUGGGUCUCCAAUCUGGCCAAUUGGUUCGUCUUCUGCACGAGUACGACGAUGGCUGGGCACUUUGCAUUCGUCUCGACCGGUCUCAGCAGGGAGUUGUUCCUCGGACUUGCUUAUCCGCGCGUCCAGUGAAGCCACGACCUCCUCAGGGCGGUCCUGGUCCCCGUGGGCCUCCGGUUAGGCCCAACUAUGGGCCUGGAGGACCUGGCUAUGGACCUAUGAGCCCCAACUACGGCCCAAAUGGGGGACCUGGAUACGGGCCCGGACCUAAUCAUGGCCCUAACGGAGGACCCCGUGGUCCCGGCGGACCUCCCCGCGGACCUCCUCAUGGUGGCCCGCACGGCGGACGUCCCGGGCCCGGACCCAUCAACACCAAGUUCAUGAACCCCCGCGGCCCACCAUCUUCCGGCUCGUGGUCUAGACCUGAGUCCCCCGCCGGGCCAAUGAUGCCACGUAAUGGACCGAUGAGCCCCAACGGUGGACAUCCUGCCUCACCGGGUGGCAACAACCCCAUGAGCCCGGUGCAGAGCGGAAACCCCGGGUCGCCGGUUGACCGGCCCAUAACCCACGGCUCGCAAAGCCCCGUCACCGCGAAUCGACGAAUGACGCCUCCCGGACCCAGCCCGAUUGCCCAGGAAUACCGCCCAGAGUCGCGAACCGCAUCUCCUGCUCCUGCUCCUCUGCCACCAGUGAGCAACGAGACAGCGCCAGGGCAGGCAUAUUAAUAACAUAAAGUACAAAUGAUCGAUACCCUUUUGACAUAUUGUACAAAAACAUGCCACAACGAACAUGCGUGUCCCAGAUACCCUUUCAUUCGGAGCAUAAGGUUCUCUUUUUUCACGGG